AUGUCGGUUAGACACUGUGAAUACGGCACACGUUCAUCAGGACACCUGAAGCAGAUACCUGUUGCUUCAAAUGAGGACGGCCAAGGAAAUAUUAAAGAUGACCAACGUAAAAGACUUAAAAGUCUUAGAGAAACCCUUCAUGUGCCCCAUUACGACAGACUAGUUAAUCUUGAUUUAAUUUUUAAUUCCAAGGUUUCCGUGAUUUUGGAGGAUGGAGACCCAGGAGAUCCUCUCUCUUUUUCUGUGGAGACGGAGGAGAAUCAGUUUCAGUUACCACAGUCAGGGUCACUGUCAUUGUCCCACACCAGUAGCUUCCACGGCAGGGAUACACUGAAUGUUACUGUACAUUUGUCUGACUCCACACCAUGGAGUUCAGUGAUGGUGUGGUGGUCCCUGUGUGUGGGUGCCCUGGUAGCCGUCACCCUGUACCAGGUGGUGCCUCUGUCCUGUACAGAAACCUCAGGAGAUGAAGACACGUUGUGUAACCAGUUAAAUGCUCUAAACCAAAUAAACACAGAGAAUAUAAAAUGCAGUCAGAGAGCACAGCUCUUUCAGGUUCUGUUGGAGAAAUACCCAAAAAAUGAGAUUAAGCCAGUGCCUGUUUUGGCUAUUUGA